GCGGAGCCAUGCGCUGUCAGUAUCUCUCCUAUCUAUCUUGAAAGAGCGGUAAGUAAUUCCAUAGUUGAACACUCAACAUGAAGGCUGUCAUCGUCUCCUGCCUGCUCGUGGUCGCCCUCGUGGCUUCGACUUCGGCCCAUCACCUGGAGCUUUGCAAGAAGAGCGACCCUGUGUUGUUGACGGAGCUGGAAUGCAUUAGGCAGCAUAUUACCCCCACGACCAACGCCGCCUUUGACAAUGCCGUGCAGCAACUGGGCUGCUCUGACCGUGCUUGUGCCAUCCGAAAGAUGUGCGAAGGAAACGACCUGGAAGGAGCUAUGUCAAAGUACUUCACCACGGAGCAGAUCAAGGACAUCCAUGACGCGGCCACCGCCUGCGACCCUGACGUCGAGCAUGGCCACGGCCAUUAAGUACCGGCGGCUGAGCACGGCACCCACCUGAGCACUUGGCUUUUCCAUUCUGGAAAGCCUGGAAUAUGUCUUUGGUUAAAUCCCCGGAUUACGGCAUGGAAAGACGUCCUUUUGCUUGUAAAUCACAAAUAAUAAUAAACCGUUUUCUACUGAUUCAUUAGCCUAA